CAACAUUGAAACCUAAGUAUGCCUCGCCGUCGACCGUCAUCUGGUAAGAGUAAUUUCCGCUCGAAGUCGCGGCCAGUGGAUCGCAAGGACGGUAAAAUAAAAAGGUGGAAUAAGGCUUCUGAUAUUGAGUUAGACGAAGAGGACCAAUUCCAUGCGUCCAGGGAUAAAAUUCUAUUGAACGAAGAUGGAGAUGUCGAGGAUGAAGGCGGGGAUGAAGACGAAGUGUUUGCUCUUGAAGGGGUAUCAGAUGAGGAUUCAGAGGAAGCUGAAGGAGACGGGGACGAGGACGGAUUUGCGCAUGCUGAAGAUGAAGACGACGAAGAAGAUGCAGUUGUCACUAGGAGAAAAACCAAGUCGAAGAAGGCGUCAUCUCCAGAUACCGGGUCUGAGGAUGAGUCCUGGGGCCGAAGCAAGUCAGCGUAUUACUCCUCUAAUGCCGCCCAGAUCGACUCAGGAGACGAGGAGGCAAAUGAACUGGAAGAACAGGAAGCACGCAAACUUCAGCUGAAGGCUCGGGAUGCUAUUGACGAGGGCGAUUUUGGAUUGGGUGAAGGUCUCGAACAAGCAUCCGACGCUGAGGCUGAAGAUUCGUUAGAGGAACACUCACAGCCCCUAAUCGACGCAUCCUCAAAUGACAAGACGACCAUCUUGCAGCACCUGGAAAGAGAAAAUCCAGAGGCUCUUGCCUUGGCCCGCGACUGGGAUGACACGGCCCGUAAUCUCAUCGAAAUACAAGCAAAAAUCGCCGCAGCAUCGGAGAAAGAAACCGACGGAAUUGAACUUGGACUUCUGCACGUAUACUACCGUCAGUUCUCACCUCCGGCUUAUUUUACUUGUGACGCAUCCGAAUUUCUGACCAACCAGUUCUUUUUUUACGUUACAGAGGCUCUCCUGACCUAUGCCACUACCCUCGCAUUUUAUCUUCACCUUCGCUCCUCGGAUAAAUACGCAGGUCGUCCACUACUUCUGAGACAGCACCCUGUCCUAAAUCGCUUGCUCACUCUCAAACAAUCACUCAUCAUGUUAGAAAAUUUGGGCGUUGGCACUGAUUCGCAGGAAGAAGACGACGAAGAUGAAGACGAAGACAUAUACGACGAACCAGGAUCUGACUUGUGGAGCAUUCUAAUGGCGAAGGGUCUCGAAUCUAACGAACUUACAGAUUUAUUGAUGGACGUCGAGAAAAAACCCGGAAAGGCAUCCAAGAAAGAGAUGAUCGAAGCUAACCCUCCCAAGAAAAAACGCAAGACUUCCGAUGAUAAAAAUGGACAGCCAAUCUUCGACCUUGUCGAGCCAGACUUUGAGGUGGCCUCGACUUCCGCAAAGAAGCGUUCGGCUCCCGCUGACAUCGGUAGCACGGACGCAUUUGGUGAAGCCACGUUCCUACAACACGCUGACGCCACGGACAAACAGGCACGCAAGAAGAGCUUGCGUUUCCAUGUGUCACGGAUUGAAAGCGCUACUGCACGGCGCCAGAACGCUCGUGUCAAUGCGGUGGGCGGUGAUGAUGACAUUCCUUACCGUGAACGAAGGAAAGAAAAGGAACAGAGAAUGGAGAAAGAGCGGCAGCGCAAGGCCGGAACAUUGGGGAUGGGCGGAGAUGACCUGGAUGGUGUGGAUCCCGAAAUUACUGAUGCAAGCAACCGCGGCAAAAAGAGACGGAGAGAUGUUGAUGUUGAGGACGAUGAUGAUAGCGACACGGCUGCAGCACAUGGCUAUUACGAGCUCGUAAAACGACAAGCCGCGGACAAGAAGAGCAACAAAAAGAUGGACUAUGAGGAGGUUAGGGCGGCCGAGCGACUUGUCUCUGAUCAACAUGAUGAGACAUCUGGCCCGCGCUCGGUCACGCGAGCCAUCAUGAAAAAUAAGGGACUAACGCCGCACAGGUCAAAGAGUGUACGCAAUCCCCGUGUUAAAAAACGCCAAAAAUACGAGCAAGCCAAAAAGAGGGUGUCAUCACAACGUGCUGUUUACAAAGGUGGUAUCGGCGAUGCCUCAAAAUAUACAGGCGAGCAGUCUGGUAUAUCCAAAGUUAUCAAGAGCGUCCGCCUGGGAUAAAGGGUAUCACUAUCUGGAAUAUAUCCUGCUACAGUACAUCGUACUAUUUAGACAACACGGUGAAACCAAAUGAGAAGCUCGAAUAACUACAUAAUCGAAAAUGUGAGUCCAUGGAUGCAGGAAGGGAGGGGAGUAAACAA